UCCUGAGGGAGAGAGAGAGAGGGGGGGAAGCGCUGGCUGGCUUUCAUGACAUUGAUUCGAUUUAGUUUUAUUGAGUUAGCGCUUCAGUCACGGUGUGGUGUCAGUGAAUAAUCGGGGAAUUGUCCCGGGGCUGCAUGGCCAGCCAGUUUGUCACUUGUGUUUGAGGUUUCCUGGUGUUGGAGGGGAAGGGGAGGGGAGGAUGUUUUCAGCUGUUUCAGGGGUCCCUGUCUGGGGCUUGCUGCUUUUAGGAAUCGGUCAUUCAUGGACUCAGCAGAGGAACAGGAAUGUGCUUCUUAUCAUCGCGGAUGAUGCCGGCUUUGAGACUGAGGUAUAUAACAAUACAGCGAUCCGGACCCCACACCUCAGCGAACUCGCCAAACGCAGCGUCAUCUUCCGAAACGCCUUCUCAUCCGUCAGCAGCUGCUCCCCCAGCCGCUCCGCCAUCUUAACCGGGUUGCCGCAGCAUCAGAAUGGGAUGUAUGGACUGCACCAGUCCGUUCACCACUUCAACUCCUUCGACUCCGUCAGAAGUUUACCGUUGCUGCUCCGUCAGUCUCACAUCCAGACAGGAAUAAUCGGGAAGAAGCACGUUGGUCCGGAUUCGGUCUAUCCCUUUGAUUACUCGGAAACUGAGGAGAACCACUCGAUCCUGCAGGUCGGGAGGAACAUCACCAAAAUCAAACUGCUGGUGCGGCAAUUCCUGCACACCACGGCCGACAGGCCGUUCUUCCUCUAUGUGGCUUUCCAUGACCCUCACCGCUGUGGCCAUUCACACCCUGAGUAUGGGCCGUUCUGUGAGAAGUUUGGCAACGGGGAGAGUGGGAUGGGCCGAAUUCCGGACUGGCAGCCGCAACGUUACACACCAGACCAGGUCAAGGUGCCCCCCUUUGUACCGGACACACCAGCUUCCCGCAUUGAUCUAGCAGCCCAGUACACCACCAUCAGUCGUCUAGACCAAGGUAUCGGGCUGGUGCUGAAGGAGCUGAGAGAGGCUGGAUAUGCCAACAACACACUGGUGAUCUACAGCUCCGAUAACGGCAUUCCCUUCCCGAACGGAAGGACCAACCUGUACCGGGCAGGAAUUGCCGAGCCGAUGUUGGUGCAUUCACCGGAACACACAGGGCGCUGGGGUCAAGUCAGCCAAUCAUACGUCAGCCUGCUGGAUAUAACUCCGACUGUUCUAGACUGGUUCUCCAUCCCCUAUCCAGCAUACAGCCUGUUUGGGAAGGAUCCGGUUGUACAGCUGACAGGCCGGUCCCUGCUGCCUGCCCUUGACGCUGAACAGCCAUGGUCCACCGUCUUUGCCAGCCAGAGUCACCACGAGAUCACCAUGUAUUACCCGAUGAGAGCCAUGCACCACCAUCAGUACCGGCUCAUCCACAACAUGCAGUUCAAGAUGCCUUUCCCCAUCGACCAAGAUUUCUACCUCUCGCCAACCUUCCAGGACCUGUUGAACAGGACAGAGUCUGGUCUCCCGACGCACUGGGAGAAAUCCCUGCGGGAAUACUACUACAGGGAGCGUUGGGAGCUGUUCGACACCCAGCAGGACCCUUUGGAAACCCGCAACCUGGCGUCAGAUCCGAGCUACACAGCCCUCCUGGAGACUAUGAAGGGACACCUGAGGAAGUGGCAGUGGGUGACCUCUGACCCCUGGGUGUGCGCCCCAGAUGGUGUGCUGGAGGACCAGGGGCCGUACAAACUGCAUCCUGAGUGCAGGCCUCUAUAUAAUGAUCUGUAACGUGCACGAGAGAGCUACGGGGGCUACACUCGGGUGCUGCUGAUAAAGAAGAGACCGUUUUCAAAGCCUCUCAUCUGGGAGUGAUCAGGACACACACACAAGAAUGCAAAAUUUCAAAGGGAACAUUAAUUUAUAGCACGUUAGGAAAAGGUGCUGACUGGUUAGCAAUUCGACUGUUUGGCGGAAGAAUUACUGUGGGGGCUGCCCUAGGGAACUGCUGGUCCUCAGGUUUGUCAUUAAUUCCAAAAAACGCUCCAUGACUGGACGUAUUCCUUUAGCCUGCAGAGGAUGGGUUCCUCCUGAUGGUCUCACUGAGAGGCUUACUGAUGAACUUAAAUUGGUUGUUACUGUUUUCCUUAGCAUGUUCGGGGUUCUUCAACAGGUGCUAUCUGGGGUUUGGCAUCUCGCGUUAGACGUUACGUUCCGAGCUUUGUAAAUCCAGGCUGGUUUUGUACGAUCAGCCUGUUGUGAAGAGCCAACAAGGUGUACAUUGUUUCUUUGAUAUGACCCACCUUUGCUCCUCAGCAAAUUGAUAACCCAAGGCAGCUCUGCAAAUGAAAAACAAACCCUUUUAAAUGUAACUCUUCCCAUUCACUUAAAGUUUUACACAGAAACAGUCCCACAUUUUAGUUAGUGGUAGCAGGAAGCGAUGUAGAUAUGUCCUGCUUUAUGAGCUGAAUCGUCUCCUGCUGUGUCCUUUUAUGAUUCCAUUUGGUACUUCUACACAAUGUUGAGCAGGCCAUUCGGCCCACUAACCCUCUGAAGAGCAUCCCACCCUGACCCUACCCAAUCCCUGUAAUCCUGCAUUUCCCAUGGCUUACCCACCCAGCCUGCACAUCGCUGGACACUAUGGGGCAAUUUCCCAUGGCUAAUCAACCUCACCCACGUAUCUUUGGCCUGUGGGAGGAAGCCAGAGCACUCAAAGGAAACCCACGCAGAGACAUGGAGAAUGAGCAAACUCCACACAGACAGUUGCCUGAGGCUGGAAUCGAGCCUGGGACCCUGGUGCUGUGAGGCAGCAGUGCUAACCACUGAGCCACCAUGCCACACAAGGUUCAGAGAUCAGUUUUGAUAGUAUUACCCUGAGAGUGAGGAGAGAAAUUUAUGACAGCAGAAGUACACAGAACUUCCCUUGAACUGUUCUGUUCUGGGACGUUGGGUUGGAGCGUCUGGGAGAUGGAUGGUGGUGUAUUGCCUCACCAGCUGGUGGGUAUGGAGUAUGGAGAGAAGUUUGGCAUCUUUGAAGGAAGCUUCUGGUUUCUGUCCUCACUAAAAACUCGAAAUGGAGUGUGACAACGAGGAGGUUUAAUGAUUUGGUUUUUCUUUAUUCUGAAAGCUGCAUUGGCGUAUUUAAAUGGCUAGGGGGCAGUAGACUGUUGGUUGGGGAGAGCAGAAGAAAUGCUGUCAUCCUUAAAUGAUUAUAAUCUCGUGUGUACGGUAUAGAGGCCUAGUCUGUCUGUAAAAAGGAAUAUAAAACUAACACGUCACAUAACCACACCAGGAAUGAAAAGCAUAACAUAUGAGGAACAUUCAAGGACUGUUGGUUUAUACUCGAUGGGGUUUAGAAGGAUGAGGGGAAUCUAAUUGAAACAAACAGAAUACUGAAUGGCCUGGACGGAGUAGAUGUUGAGAAGCUGUUUCCAUUGGUAGGAGAGACUAGUCCCUAGGGCACAGCCUGAGUGUAAAGAAUAGAGAUUAAGAGAAGCUUCUUCAGACAGAGAGUGAUGUAUCUGUGGAAUUCACUGCCACAGAAGGCUGUGGAAGCUAGGUCAUUGAGUAUAUUUAAGACGGAGAUAGACAGGUUCCUGAGUAUCAAGGGUUGCAGUGAGAAAAUGGGAGAAUGGGGUUGAGAAACUUAUCAGCCAUGAUUGAAUGGCACAGCAGAAUCGAUGGGCCGAAUGGCCUAAUUUCUGCUCCUAUGCCUUAUGCUCUUAUUCAGGCCACUACAGCCAGAAAUAGCGGACAAGCUGAUGUAUUACCAAACACACACUUAGUGUUUUCCAAGGGGCUGAGAAUUCAAAGCUGCUGAGAGAACAGGUGACUUGGAAGGAUGCCACAGGGAACUGCAGCAUAGUUGAUAUUGCUUUGUCAAACAAUAAUUUAUCAAAAAUUGAUGUAGCAACUUGAGGCAGGCUGUGAGAGAGACCAUUUUGUCCAAACUCCCCAGGAAGGACUCUGAAAGACCCCACCCCCUCAUACAGAUGGGAACAUAGAGAAAGUCUGUCAGGAAUCCCACUGCAGUUCUAUUGAAAUAGUCCACACAGUCCCGAGAGUCCUGCUCUCUCUACCGCUCUCACUUUCUCACUCUCUGUCCUGUCACUUCAGAAAGUUAAAAAUCACAACACCAGGUUAUAAUCCACUCUGGUUUAUUUGGAAGUACAAGCUUUAGGAGCGCUGUUCCUUCUAGCUAGUGAGUCAAAAUCAAAUUCGGUGUCCUAUGAUCCUGCCCCACUAGCUACCCGAUGAAGAAGCAGUGCUUCGAAAGCUAGUGCUUCCAAAUAAACCCGUUGGACUAUAACCUGGUGUUGUGAUUUUUAACUUUGUCCACCCCAGUCCAACACCGGCUCCCGCACAUCACCACUUCAGAAAGACCAUCUCCAAGCAAGUGAAAGGCCUGCAGUUAUAAAAAGUUGAUUUCACCUUUAUCAGAAGUAUCUUUUAUCCGUGCCUACUUCUAAUCGUUACAUCUGUAUUUGAGCUACAAUUUGUAUCACCUUUUUAUCACUGUUGCUGAAAAUUGCUAAUAAAUUAACCUUUAGUCUUAAAUAAGAUCUAAGCUUUGCUGCUGCUAUUUAUAAAUUAAAAUACUGAAAAAAAACCUAAAAAAGUGAAAAAGUGACCCCUGGAGCAGUCUGCAGACAAAACAAUUCAAUAAAUUCUGGAAAUUCUCUUCUCAGUUUUGGUUAAGUUCUGUUCCACGUUUCUGACGUGGAAACUAUAAAUGCUGGAAAUACACCCACCAUCUGUGGGGAGGGAAAUGUUCCGCGUCGACUGACGAAUUUUUGGAGCUGAAAUAUUAACUCUGUGUCUCUCUCCAGACAUACUGCCAGACCCAUUAAUUUUCUCCAGCAUUUUGUGGAUGCUGGGAAUCUGAAAUAAACUCAAUAUUUUGUGUUAA